AUGGAUCUCCGCUGCGCUUCCUCUGCGCUGUGCCUCCUCUCCUGGAUGGCCCCUCCUCCGCUACCGCUCCCUUCGACGAGACCUCCUGACGUGAAGCCGUUUCUCCUCUGGUCACUCUCCCUCUCCGAUUGUCUCUCGACCGAUCCCAUGGCAUCUCUGAGGACAAGGUGUCCAGAUCUAUCGGCCACGCCGCCGGAGCUGCUAGUGCCAGAGUGUGAGUCGCCCUUCUCUCUCGGGAAGCCUCCGGAUCCACCGGAUCCUCCAGAUCCGCCUGACGUCGGGGGCUCUCUGUCUCUCACCGCCGCUCCUUGGAUCCCUCCACCGUUGUCUCUGCAUCUCGCUCUCUCUCACCAGCCGCCAGAUCUCUCUCUCCGGUGUGCCUUGUCACCGCUCGGAUCUACGUUUCCAGCACCGCCGUCACCGCUCAGAUCUACGCUUCCAGCGCCGCCGUUGCCGUCGGUUUGUCCUCUCCAUCUGUCUCAGGUUUGCUCGCAUCUCCCAUGUACUUCUCUGAUUCAUUAUGAGAUUAACGGGAACUGGGCAACUUUGAUCUUGGAAAGUUCCGAUAUGCUCCCAACUCUACCGAUUUAUUCGGUUCUUAUCGCCUCUGUGCGAUCCCUUACUGUUAUAUGCAGUCUUGCUCCUAGUUUCACUUUUGUGGUGGAUAUUUUGAAGUCUUUUUUACCAGAUUUGUGGCAAUAUGGUAUGAAUUUUCUGGAUAUGUCUAAUCCAUUUGUGAUCUUGGUUGAUUACUCCUUGAUGGAGUUUGUGUGUCUCCCAAAAUUUCUGCUUGCUUUGAAUGGUGUUAUUGCAGGGAGUUGGAGUUCGAAAGUUUUAAACACUUCGCUUCAUGUAGGCUUAGUAACUCGGUGCUUUGUCGCCAGAGAGUUCACUGCCGUUUCUUUGGUUGCUAAACUUGCACUAGCUGCGUUUUCAACCCCGGGUUUAGGAUCAUUGAAGGUAUCCAAGUAUUCCCAAGGCACAACUUCACUUCUUCUUAUUAGUCUAAGUGUAGCUUUUGCUCUUAUCCAUGUUGUCUUUGUUUUCAUUCCCGCUUGCAAUGCGGUGUUUUUAGCCGGUUUGGCGUUGUUGUCCUGUUCUUGGAACAAUUGCUCCUCUAAUGGAGAGUAA